AUGAGCGCACGUGCUUGCAAAUACCGCUACCAAAUCUGUAACCCGAAUUCCGAAGAGCCUGUCGCUGAUCCUCAUGACAUUAUCUCAAAUUCAAAUAAAAUUUUUGAGUGUGUUUUAAGCGCUCUUUGUUGCAUGAACGAAGGAGGAAGUAAGCUUACUUACAGGGCUUUUCUUAAACUCAAAAACGGCGAGCAUGUGUCAUACCAGCCUGGUGAAUCUAUUUCGAUUUAUGCCCAUAACAGCGAGACCGAUGUCUCCUGGGUUUUGGAGCGAAUGGGUGGAGAUUUGCAACCCGACCAGGUGGUGGUUCUCAAACAAAACGCAUCACCCCGUAGAGCUAUCGCAAGUGGUCCUCCAGUUGAUAAAGCGGUCACUCCAAGACUACUCAUUCGCCACUUUCUGGAAAUCCAUACUCCCGUCUCUCGUAAAACUGUCCAACUUCUUGCUCCCCAUUGUACAAAAGAUGAAGAGAAAGACUUAUUAUUGAAAAUUAGCGGACGUGACGGGACAAAACUUUAUAAUGAAUUGAUAAGAAACACCUCUGCAACGUUAAUGGAUCUUCUUGCCACAUUUGAAAGCUGUCAUCCUGAUUUAACUACUAUUUUGGAAGUUUGCCCUCCCUUUGUUGCCCGCCAAUAUUCUCUUAUUGACGAAUGCAACGAAGCUACUCCUCAAGAACUCAAUUUUGCGUUUUCAAAUGUGGAUUUCCCCGACGUUUCUUCUAACCAUAACAUGAUUAUUGAAGGCAUCACAUUCAAACGAUAUACUCGCAAAACGGGGGUUUCCACGGGUUUCAUCCAUAAGCUCUGGGAAGAGAAGCUUAAAUGUGAUUAUAUUCCUCGGAUUUAUAUUUCCUUUCGCACAAGUCUGAACGGUUUCGCUCAUCCCGAAAGAGUUUCCGAUCCGCUUAUCAUGAUUAGUGCUGGAACGGGAAUAGCUCCCUUUAUUGGAUUUUUACAACAAAGACGUCGGUCUAAACAACAGUUUUCCCAAGUUGGAGAGUCAUGGCUCUUCUUUGGUUGCCGUGAUCCUAAUUACGAUCUGUUGUUUGCAGAAGAACUGGCUGGAUUUCUCGAGGACUCAACUCUGACGCAUAUUUGCCUCUGCUUUUCUAGAUAUUCGGGUGACCUCCCUUCCAAGCUACCAGCAAUUCUUCGAUCCAGGGCGAUUGUUCCUCCCGAUUGUAAAUAUGUACAGGAUUGCAUAGCUUCGUCUUGUAAUUUAAAGAAUUCUGUGGAGGAUAUUGCUGAUAAGCUGGAAAGAGUCAAGUUAGAUAAUUCGUUACCUAACGAGUUCGUUAUUUCUGCUAAAAUGAUGCAACUCGUUUGUGAAAAUGGAGGUCGUGUUAGGGUAAGUAAAUCUGAAAGCUUCCUAUUCUUUUCUUUAAUUCAUCUUGUAUUCAUGUUAUAG